AUGGCCACCAGCUCCACAGCCACCGCCUCGCUGCACCUCCUCCUCCCGGCCUCCCGCCGCCGCCGGCAACUCGUGCCUCGGGCCGCCCACUCCGAGUCCACCCCGCCCCCUGCCGCCUCCGUCGACCGCCGCCGCUUCAUUGCCCACACUGCCGCCGCGGCCGCCGUCUCGCCUCUCGUCUUGCCCCGCUGGACCCCCGCGGCGCGCGCGGACGGCGCGCCGACGCUCUCCGAGUGGGAGCGCGUCUUCCUGCCCAUCGACCCCGGCGUCGUCCUCCUCGACAUCGCCUUCGUCCCCGACGACCCCUCCCACGGUUUUCUCCUUGGGACAAGGCAGACAAUACUGGAGACAAAAGACGGCGGUAACACCUGGUUCCCUCGCUCCAUACCUUCCGCAGAAGAUGAAGAUUUCAACUACAGGUUCAACUCGGUAAGCUUCAAGGGCAAAGAGGGAUGGAUUAUCGGCAAGCCUGCAAUUCUGCUGCACACUUCUGAUGCUGGCGAGAGCUGGGAAAGAAUACCCUUGAGUGCCCAACUUCCUGGGAACAUGGUUUACAUAAAAGCUACUGGGGAGCAGAGUGCAGAGAUGGUUACCGAUGAGGGAGCAAUCUAUGUUACUUCUAACCGUGGCUACAACUGGAAGGCUGCCGUGCAAGAGACUGUUUCAGCUACUCUGAACAGAACAAUUUCAAGUGGCAUUAGCGGUGCAAGUUACUACACUGGGACUUUCAACACGGUGAACCGAUCGCCCGAUGGACGCUAUGUGGCUGUAUCCAGCCGAGGCAAUUUCUAUUUGACCUGGGAGCCUGGGCAGCCAUUUUGGCAACCCCACAACAGGGCGGUGGCACGGAGGAUUCAGAACAUGGGGUGGAGAGCAGACGGUGGACUUUGGCUGCUGGUGCGCGGUGGUGGUCUCUUCCUCAGUAAAGGAACCGGGAUAACCGAAGACUUUGAGGAGGUGCAGGUGCAGAGCCGGGGGUUUGGGAUCCUUGAUGUGGGCUAUCGCUCACAGGAGGAGGCCUGGGCUGCUGGUGGCAGCGGCGUGUUGCUGAAAACCACAAACGGAGGGAAGAACUGGGUGCGCGACAAGGCUGCCGACAACAUCGCUGCCAACCUGUACUCCGUCAAAUUCCUUGAUGACAGCAAAGGCUUCGUGCUGGGCAACGACGGCGUGUUGCUUCGAUAUCUUGGCUGA